AGUUACCAACGGUCAUGUGAAACACAGGAGGCGGCUUCUCUGGCUGUGAAUACAAUAUUUGAGAGGGCAACAAUAACUACACUAGUGAGACGGUUGAAAUACCCAAGAAGGAGGAGAAAAUGCCAUGUUCGAGGACAUUUAUGAAAAUUGGGAUGACCACGGCCCUCAUUGGAUUCAUCAGCUUGUUUGGGAUGUUCCUAUGGACAGAGAAGGCGCACAUGACAACACAGCGUGCAAUGCGAUACACGACGAAGAUCAACAUAACUCGGAAAGCAUUAACCCCUGUAAUCUAUAUGCCAAAUGAUUGCCCGAUGAAUAUAACCCUUUUUACAGUAUUCCACGAAGGUCUACAGACCAAGGAAACGCUACAGAACAAUACUCUGUUAAAUUGGAUGCAUCUACAAAGGCAUUGUGUCACUCCUGUAUUUUACUCAAACAACUCCGGGGAUAUUCUAGCAGGUGGGGAAUAUUUUGGUUGGCAGCAUCACCCACUUUCGCCAAACCUCAUGGUCCAUAACAACAUCAUCAUGCGUGAACUGUUCAUCGAGACAUUCAACAGACACAAUAGCGAUUUCUAUAUGUUUGCGUACGCAGAUCUGUUAUUUCAUGGGGAAGCAUUAUUCAAUACACUCUCAGCUGUGAAGGAUUAUAUAAAAGCUGCGAAAUUGACUCGUUUCCUUUUAUCGGGCACACGAUACGAAGCCUUAUUUCAUAACAACAGCUUAAACCUUUCGAGAACACUAAGAUUUGGCAAUGACCUGGAAAUCAUGAGGAACCUACAAGGACGCAUGAAACGUCUUGAUAUAACUAGACUUGGAUACAUUAUUACAGGUAAAGACAGUUUUCCGUGGGAAGCAGUGCCAGACUUGGUAGUUACCACACUAGCUCCAGAUAAUCCCUUAACAAACUUUUGGUUCCUUAUGUACGCGAACAAGCUCAAUAUUACAACGUUUGAUAUAUCCAAUACGGUUUUUUCAAUGAGGCAAGCAGGGCUCCUGCCUGAUAAAACAGAAAAGAGACACAGACUAGCUACGAAACUGAACGAGUACAUAUUUCUCAAAUCAUUUCAGAAGUAUUGCUUUUACAAGACCGCUCUUCAUUCCCACAGAGUUCCAAGUAUAGCCACCACAAACUGUUUCCAAAAAAAGCCAUUAAAGACCAAGGACGGAAAGAUAAUAAUCGGAAACAUCAAGACAUAUUCGAAUCAAAAAUGUAAAUAUAAAUAUCCUAUAAUGAUACCGAUGGUACAACAAGGCGACAAUUUUUGGUAAAUGUUUUGAUAUUACAUAUCCUAUACUUAGGUAAACAUGAGGUAAAUAAAAUAUGAUAACAACA